AUAUUUGAAAUUAAACAGAAACAGGCCAGAGUCGCAGCGGCUGAGGAAAACAGUGUCGUGCUCUCUGGGAAUGAAAGUAUAUGUUUUAAUGAUUAUUCUCACAAUUAAACACCACACACGGCGAAUGGUAACGGGGUAUUAACACGGCGAGGGGGAAAUCAUCGCGUUUCUGUCGGAUUUGAGGAGGAUAUUUCGUGUGGAAUCGGCUGAAGGAGAUUAUGGAAACCGCUGCAAGAACCAAAUCGAGCAAAGACCUGAAGCUUCAUCGAGCUGAUAAUGAGAAGCUUUCUGCCGGUGGACCCAAGAGAGUCCCAGUGACCCAGAGCGGUCAGAAGCCCGUGUCGACGCGUGUUCUCAGCACGGCUCCGGGGCCGCAGCGCGUUCAGCGUCCCGUGAAUCAGCAGAAACCCCUCGGACUCCCAGUUUCUGUGAAAACCAUGUGUCCAGGAGAUCAGGACGUCAAUCCAGAUCAACUCAGAACCGCAACACACACCAAACCACAGCUGAAGUCGCUUGCUGUAGCUGAGCCUACGAAAAGUUCUGUACCCAGCAAACCGGACAAACCUCCGCAAUCUCCUUCCACUGGAACAUCCGAUAUGGCCAAGAAAGCGUGGAGUUUAGAGAAUUUCGACAUUGGCCGAGCUCUGGGCAAAGGCAAGUUUGGGAGUGUGUAUCUGGCCAGGGAACGUCAGACCAAGUUCAUCCUGGCACUCAAAGUUCUCUUCAAAAAGCAGCUGGAGAAAGCCGGAGUGGAGCACCAGCUGCGGAGGGAGGUGGAGAUCCAGUCACAUCUCAGACAUCCUAAUAUCCUGCGUCUCUACGGUUAUUUCCAUGACACGGCGCGCGUUUAUCUCAUCCUGGAGUUCGCUCCUAAAGGAGAGCUGUAUGGAGAGCUCCAGCGCUGCGGGACCUUCGACGACCAGAGAAGUGCCACGUAUAUAAUGGAGCUUGCAGACGCUCUGAGCUACUGUCACUCCAAGAACGUGAUUCACAGAGACAUUAAACCUGAAAAUCUGCUUCUGGGGUCCAAUGGAGAGCUGAAGAUUGCAGACUUUGGCUGGUCUGUCCACACACCCUCCUCCAGGUCAGCCUUCUGCUUGCACAAAACCAAAGUUAUGAUUACACCUGCUUAUACUGAAAUACCUUGCAAAAUGAUUUUGAACCUCUUCAGUCUGUCUGAUGUAAAUGUGUCUUAUACAUCUUACAUCUUGUGCCAUCUCUCUGAUUCUCUCCAGGUUGAGUUUACGUACCCUGCUCAUGUGAGUGAGGGCAGCAGAGACCUGAUAAACCGCUUGCUCAAACACAACCCCAUGCACCGUCUCCCUAUCCAGGGUGUCCUGGUGCACCCGUGGGUGCUGGAGAACUCCUGUAAGAAACCAACCACGCAGACCGAAUCCAUUCCUCAGACCUGAACUUGUGGAACAAAACAGACUGAUGUCCGUAAUUCAUCUUGCUGAUCUUUUCUGCCUCUCUUGGGCAUGACUGAGUUGUAUGUUGUUUUUACGUGUUGUGCUGUUCACACGCUACAAUUUACAUGCAUUUGUAAAUAUGUAAUUAAGCCACAUUAUAAAGUUUUAACUAUUAC